AUGUCGCACCACGGCCACUCGCACGACGGCGGACGCUGCUCGUCAUCGCAGCACCAUGGAUCCGGAGCAGGACAUGGCCACUCGCACGGCGGCGACUCUGAGCUGAGCCACCACGGCGGACACGGCCAUUCGCACUCGUCUGGAGCCAGCAGCAGCCACGGCCACGGCCACAGCCACGACGGCGGCCACGACAGCCACGGCCACAGCCACGACAACCACGGCCACAGCCACGACGGCGGGCAUGGUCACAGCCACGACGGCGGCCAUGGCCACUCGCACUCGGGGUCUGCGUCGGGCUCCUCCUCGGGCCACGGCCACUCUCACGAAGGCGGCGUUUGCCCGUCGUCCGUCCCAGUCUCGCCCGAGCAGCAAAAGUACAUGAGCAAGCUGCAGGAGCUCGUCGAGGCGCAGCGGUUUGACGAACUGCCGCCAGUCAUUGCGGAAGAGGCUGCGCGAACGAUCAGCGAAGUUGGACGUAACAGCGAUGCAUACGUCAAGUUCCUGCAACGCUCAGGCAUGCUUUGCUUCCAGCUUGGAUUGUACACCACAGCGGAAGGGUAUGGCAAGGAGGCGUUGGAAAUUCUGACGGCCAUGUACGGCCCGGACGAUCUGCACACGGCACUGGGUCGCCUCAACCUUGGCUUGUACAAGUGCCCGUUGGACAAGCACCAGGAGGCGGAGGCCCUGUACCUCUCUGCGCUCGUCACGCGCGUCAAGCUGCUUGGCAAAGAGCACCGUGACGUGGCGCAAGUCUAUCACAACCUUGCUCUGCUGUAUCGCAACACGGCACAGUGGAGCAAGGCGGGUCCUCAGUACGAACGCUCGCUCGAGAUUUGGCACCGCCAGCGCGCCAUCCAGGAGUGGAUGAUUACCCAGCGCGACUACAUUGAAAUGUUUGAGCUCCAGUCCAAGUGGACCGAGGCCCUGGAGCAAAUGGACAAGCUGCUCAAGUUCACUGACGCCGCCGUGACCAAGUCGCACCCAAUCUACGAAAAGUUUGCCAGCGAUCGUGAUGAGAUUGUUGCCAAGAUGUCCAAGUAA